GCACAAAUGCGGCCACUCGUGCACCUCUCUCUUUGCGCCUACUUCUUCUGUCCCUACCCCUACUGUCACUGCUGCUGCCAUUGCCGGAGCUGCCCCUGCUGCCUCUGCCAGUGUUCCUUCCUCAGGCACAAGACCCCCACAACCUCUAUCCCAAUCCCCCCACUCCUCUCACUAG